CAUAAACGGAACUUCAUGGAGAUCCGAUCAGUGAAAGUGAGUAACGUUUCCUUGGAUGCAUCCGAGAACGAUAUUAGAGAGUUCUUUAUCUUCUCCGGUGAAAUCGAAUACAUUGAAAUGCACCGUGAUGAUGAGCGAUCACAAAUUGCAUACAUUACUUACAAGGAUCCACAGGGAGCAGAAACUGCAGUUCUUCUUUCAGGGGCAACAAUUGUGGAUAAGUUUGUUAGCAUAGAGCUGGCUACUGAUUACAAGCCGCCUGCUAAUGCUUUCACGACACCGGCAACAGGGGAUAGUGGCCAGGCAGAAGCAGUUUACACGAAGGCAGAGGAUGUGGUUAGCACCAUGCUAGCCAAGGGAUUCAUAAUGGGCAAAGAUGCAUUGAACAAAGCAAAGGCCUUCGACGAGAAGCAUCAAGUCACUUCGACCGCCUCUGUGAAGAUCGCUUCCCUGGAUCAGAAGAUCGGUUUUUCCGAGAAAAUCAGUGCAGGCAGCAUCGUGGUUAAUGAAAAAAUGAGGGAGGUGGACCAGAAGUAUCAGGUUUCCGAGAAGUCGAAGACCGCAUUGGCAGCUGCCGAGCAGUCCAUCAGCACCGCCAAAUCUUCCCUCAUGAAGAACCGUUAUGCUUUGGCUGGAGCCGCGUGGUUCACUGCUGCAUACAAAAGGGUUGCCAAAGCAGCUGAAGAUGUGGGACAGAAGACAAGAGAGAAGGUUUUGGCCGAGGAACAAGCUCAGAAUCCAGAGGACCCAGCACAUGGACGUGUUUAGCACUCCCAGAGCAGGUCCUGACGCCAGCGAAGAACCUUCCGAUCCCUCACCCGAACCAGGUUUACUCCUCGACGGUGGAAGAAAAUAGAAGGAUAGCUCAUUGCUGUACUCGGUAAGAAAGAUAAAAGAUGGGAAGUAUUUAUUUUCAUCAAUUGUUCAAUCAAGUUUAAAAGAGCGAAAG